AUGGCGCAACAGCUCCCUCUGCAGGCUGCUUUUGGUUCCUCAGACACAGGGAAGGAAGAAGCCAGCAGGAGAGGCCGAGAAUAUGAGAAAGAUAAAGUCUGCAAUGAAUUAACCAAUCUCGGAAAAGAUGACUUCACAUCUUUAUCAAUGGUCCUCUACAGCAGGAAAUUUCCCAGUGGAACUUUUGAACAGGUCAGUCAUCUUGUGAAGGAAGUUGUCUCCCUGACAGAAGCCUGCUGUGCUGAAGAGGCUGACCCUGACUGCUAUGACAACAGGACGUCAGCAUUGUCUGCUAAGUCCUGUGACAGUGACUCCCCAUUCCCAGUGCACCCAGGGACUGCUGAGUGCUGUACCAAAGAGGGCCUAGAAAGGAAACUCUGUAUGGCUGCCCUGAAGCACCAGCCACAGGAAUUUCCUACCUACGUAGAGCCAAGUAAUGAUGAAAUCUGUGAAGCAUUCAGGAAAGAUCCCAAGGAAUUUGCUAACCAGUUUAUGUAUGAAUAUUCCAUUAAUUAUGGACAAGCUCCUCUGCCACUGUUAGUCAGUUAUACCAAGAGUUAUCUCUCUAUGGUAGGGUCCUGCUGUACCUCAUCAAGCCCCACUGUAUGCUUUUUGAAAGAGAGACUCCAGAUUAAACAUUUAUCGCUUCUCACCAUUAUGUCAAAUAGAAUCUGUUCACAAUAUGCUGCUUAUGGGAAGGAGAAAUCAAGGCUCAGCCAUCUCAUAAAAUUAGCCCAAAAAGCACCUACUGCUAAUCUGGAGGAUGUUUUGCCACUCGCUGAAGAUGUUACCACAAUCCUCUCCAAGUGCUGUGGGUCUACCUCUGAGGACUGCAUGGCCAAGGAGCUGCCUGAACACACAGUAAAAAUCUGUGACAACUUAUCCACAAAGAAUGAUAAGUUUAGGGACUGUUGUCAAGAAAGAACACCCAUGGACAUAUUCAUGUGUGUCUACUUCACGCCAGCUACUCAGCCACCAGAGCUGCCAGAAGUUGAAUUGCCCACAAGUAAAGAUGUGUGUGGCAAGGGAAACACCAAAGCCAUGGACAGGUAUACAUUUGAACUGUCUAGGAGAACUGAUGUUCCAGAAGUGUUUCUCAGUAAAAUACUUGAGCCAACCUUCAAAAGCCUGGAAGAAUGCUGUGACUCUAAAGAUCCUGCUGUCUGUUUUAAUGCUAAGGUUCCACAACUGAAGGAGGAACUGUCUUCUUUCAUUGACAAGGGACAAGAACUAUGUGCAGAUUAUUCGGAAAACACCUUUACUGAGUACAAGAAAAAACUGACAGAGCGAUUGAGAGCAAAACUGCUAGAUGCCCCAGACACAGAACUGGAAGAACUGGUUGACAAGCGCUCAGAUUUUGCCUCCAAGUGCUGUUCCAUCAACUCCCCUCCCCUCUACUGUGACUCUGAGUAUCCUUUGUGGACUCCUCCCCUGUUACUCAUUCCUUGCUCAUCGGUGUUCUUAAAGGUUCUGCAUGAUGGCAUUUUCUGUUCACACUCUUCUAAGCUUCCCGAUGACAUUGAUUACCAUCUUCAUGCUGAUGGCUUCCAACUAGAUGUCUUCAGCCCGGAUUUCUUUCUCACUUUUUAG